AAUAACUCGCGUGCGGGGAUCAGUUUGGGAGAUUGAAUCAGAGUGUAUACGUAUGUGCGAGGGAAUGAGAGAGUAAUUUUCGCAUUUUCUUCAUUUCGCGGGUUGCGGAUAAAAAAAAAAAAGAAAACAAGGGGGUAUCGAUGGAGCCUGGAAUCCAGGUUUUUCGUACCGCGCCAAUUCCCUGCUCGCGUUACAAAAGUCGCUCCAUAAAUUUGAACUUCCGAUAUACGAGCUUUGGUAUGUAAGUGAAUGAAAAUACGAGGGAAACGAAAGUAAGCAAACGAAAGUAAAGCAAUCUUAAUCAGCUGCCUUUGGAAGUUCCGAAGUCGAACUUAGAACCGGGUUCAUCCGUGCGGAGGAUAUGUGUUUUAUCAGCGUGGAAGAGAGAAAAAAAAAAAACGGGAGAGAAGACGCCGAGCAGAAAAAUGUCCAAAUGGGUGUUUAUACGCCCGAGGUGGACGCCGCCGUACAUCGACUUUGGUUUUCCAAGAAAUCUAACGUUUAUUCUGACCAGCUACAGAGAAUCCCGUUCAAAGAGCGGACACGUACAGCUGUUAUCUCAGAAAUUGACACGUAUAUUACAUUUGCUACCCUCGAGUUCGCCGCCGCGUGUAUCACAUACUCAAUUUUAUUCCUAUAUAAUAUAACUUUUCCGUGUCCUCCGUCGACGCCAUUAGUAUUUAACAACCUGUAACUUCCAUUUCCUCGGCUUCUCGAUUCUCGCACCAACGGCAACGGAAGCUUCUUCUCUUUUUCUUUAUUUUUUUUUUUCGCACGGCAUCCGAUGUCCCAACGAACUUCCACGGGGAUAUCUUAAAAAGCGAUUUCCAACAGGGAAAACUUUGUCCUCCGUACAACACCGCAGAUUAUAUUUUACCCUGCGAAUGAAGUUUAAUAUAUAUUAUGUUUUUUUUUUUUUUUUCUUCCAAGAUAUUCGAAGGGAACAAACGCCAGCACAUAUUAACUUUAUGAACAUAGCGCGUGGGAGUUGGAAGUUAAUUGCUUCACAGAAGAUUAUAUUAAUGUCCGGUACGGGCGCGUACGGUUGAAAACAACACCCCUGCCUAGCCGUAGCUAGACGACAGCGCACGUAUUUCGCCCUUCCAUAUAUUACGUCAGCGCAGGCAUACGUAUGGAGGUAUACGGUGUACGUACGUACGUACGCGUAUAUACUCUACCCUCGUUACUUGAGACGUUAUAAUUAAGACCUCAGUGCCAACGGUCCGGGGCAAUUGCUAUUUUCGCGCUUGAUUUAGAGAACCACCGCGAAACAGAAAUCCGGCUAGGUAUAUGUAUAUAUAGAACUAUUGUAUCGUUGCGGACGCGCAUAUGGCACAGUGGCCGCUAUAUCUGAAUUAUUCUGUCAGCCGAUAUUUUAUAUAUUAAACAUUGGCUUAGAUGAAAUUCUAUGAAAUUCAGUGACAAGGUAAUUACCUGUAUGGGGCGUAUUUCGGCGUUGUAUAACCUCAGCUGUACACAACGGAAAUUAGGAUACAUUGUCUGCCUCGCGUGAAAUCCCACCGUAUUAACUAUCGGAAUUAGUUGGGCGUUGUUAUACACCGGGCCGGUGUGGUCUUAGUAUUCAUUUGACUUGUAAUAUAUGGACGUGGUCAUUUGCAAAGGUGAAUAAGAGCAACAGAGGGUGGUAACCACCCUGUAAGGGUAACGGAUAGGGAUGGUAACGUUAGGGUUCGUCUUCGCUCUCUAUCCGCUUAAUUUUAGGUGCAAAAGGAGCCAAAAUCAACCCCCGCGUCUACGCCCUGGCCCUUAUUGCCUUGGUUUUCAUGGUUAUUAUAUAGGCAGCACGCUUAAUUAGCGAAAGUUGAGAGGCUAAGACACUGUCUCUGUAAUAUGUUUUAACGAAGGAGCCCUUUUUCACGAAUUUCGCGAUAUAAGAUUCCGCACGUACCUCAGCCAAAUUUUAUUAAACAUCAUAAUGCUCUCGGAAUUGGAGAAAGUUUAAUAAUCUCUGCAGUAUGAAACAUCCCUUAUUAUUUAUUUAUGAGUUCGGAAAAUUGGUCGGUAUUUCUUGAUCCGCUUGUAACUUCGUUUUUUUUUUUUCACCGAGCUUCAUCAUUUAUUCUCAAUUCUCCGUUCAUUUUGUUCACGCGCAUAUGUUCGCGAUGAAAAUUAUAAUGAUUAUGAUAAUAAGAAUCCGAAAAAGGAAUUAAUAACGAUGAAAAGUAACGAUCUGUGGUAUUGACGAUGAAAUUUUUUACGGUGUUCAGCUCUGCAGAGGCGAAAAUAAGCUAUGAACAUUGCACAUGGAUUUCUAAAAUGUUAAAUUAGGCUGAAAAACUUCAAUAAGAUUAGAAUCGUAGCUGGAAUAACAUCGAAUAAAUAUGAAUAUGUCUUCUACAAAUUCCGUCAACGGUUCACCGAAUAUUGGGCAAGGAGGCGGAGAGGCUAUUACAGAAAUUUAUGAAUGGAUAGACGGGAUUCAGUUCUCUAGACCGAAGAAAAACGUAUUAGCAAGGGAUUUCUCGGACGCUGUUCUUAUGGCUGAACUGCUGAAGAGGUAUUACCCACGCUACGUGGAUGUCCAUAAUUAUAUCGGCGGGAGUAGCAUUGCAAAAAAAAUUGAUAACUGGGCUACUUUGAAUCGCAAGGUUCUUGGAAAAAUCGAUAUGAAAUUGAGCAAAGAAGUUAUCAAUCAAUUGGCUAACUCUCAGCAAGGUGCUAUUGAGAAAUUAUUGAUCGAUUUACGGUCUAAAAUAUUGAAGGAUUGCAACGCGGAAAGAGAUUCUCUGUAUUUUAACUACGAAGAAAAUGGCAGGGGCGGUAAGAACGGAGAUGCUGAAAAGCUGCGAGAGACUGUAAGGUCGUUGUUGAACCCUGAAGAAGUGGCGAAUAAAACUGUUCCUCGUCACGUUUUUACCAAACUGAAACUAGAGCUGCAGGAAAAAAAUGACGCGAUAAAUAGCUUGAACAACAAAAUUUCACACCUUGAGAGUUUAAUGAAGCUGAAAGAUCAGAGGAUAUCUGAUUUGACAGUUCAUAUAACAAGUCCUCUAGAUUCUACGGUCAACGGUAAAUCGCAUCUCACACAUUCUGCGAUUCCGAAAACUCGAAAUAGUAAAAUGUAAACAAA